CUGAGGUGCUUCGGGACGUAGCUGGAAGCUGCUGUGUAAACACUUCAGAUCCGGGAGCUCCGUCACGCUCGCACGCACGCACACUCGAACACAAUCACAAACGCACCGACGGAGUUACACUCGCGUUUCCACGCGAGGAAGUCCCGGUCCCGGAGCACGAGAUAAACCGCCGAGUAUCCGUGUGAAGAUGGCAUCAGUGACCGACUCGCGUCUCCAGCCGUCACAGAAAGACGCGGCUGACCAAAACUUCGACUACAUGUUUAAAAUCCUCAUCAUCGGCAACAGCAGCGUCGGUAAAACCAGCUUCCUGUUUCGCUAUGCGGACGAUUCCUUCACUUCAGCCUUCAUCAGCACGGUGGGGAUCGACUUUAAGGUCAAAACUGUUUUUCGCAACAACAAAAGAAUCAAACUGCAAAUCUGGGACACAGCCGGACAGGAGCGCUAUAGAACCAUCACUACAGCGUAUUACAGAGGAGCCAUGGGCUUCCUGCUAAUCUACGACAUCACAAACCAGGACUCGUUCAACGCCGUUCAGGACUGGGCCACUCAGAUAAAGACAUACUCCUGGGACAACGCACAGGUGAUACUGGUGGGCAACAAGUGUGACUUGGAAGAUGACAGACUCAUUCCGACAGAGGACAGUCAGAGAUUGGCUCAAGAACUCGAUUUCCAGUUUUUUGAGGCCAGCGCCAAAGACAACAUCAACGUGAAGCAGGUUUUUGAGUGUCUGGUGGAUGUGAUAUGUGAGAAGAUGAAUGAAAGUAUGGACGGAGAUGGUCCAGUGUCCAACCACAAAGACUCCAGUCCGCAGGACACGUCCUCUGAGGGACACGCCGGCUGUGCCUGCUAAAACACACUCUCUCCGUCUUUAUCACGUAGAGAACUUCUCUUCACCUAUUCACUGCUACUUGGGAUAAUCUUUGCUUUCCUUCUUUUAACCCAAACAGCAUCUGCUAAACGCGCUCAGUGUUGUUUGUUGAUGUGGAUAGUCGAGAUAGGAUGGCGUGUGGAUUGAAAUCUGACUGCGCUAGUGAUCUGCGUGUCUCCCCGUACGUAUUCACGCGUGUAUGUGCGUUUUAAAGGUCCAUCCACACCCAUUGCUCACGCUCUCACCCCGUUCUCCAGCUUUUCUCUGUCUUUCCCUCAAAAAGGCCACGUUUGGAUGGAUCUUUGUGGUUUUAGCACAUGUCCUCUAUCUCAUCAGAUACUGUAACGCCCACAGCCCUGAGUGGGCAGCUUCUGUAUUGUCUAUCUGGGUGUCCAUCUGCUUUAAAUUACAGUCCUAACAGCUCAUUCGGCACUAUUAUGGAGAUAAAUGCACUGUGCUAUUCUGAUAUGUGCAAUCAUGGGCUGUUGUUUGAAACUUAUGAGAAAUACCCACUCAAAUCAGUGUUUUACUGUUGUUAUUUUUUUUUUAAAUAAGCGUUUUCUUAAAUUAUAAGAUAGCAAAUAAACUUUCUGCAACCCAAA